AGCAGCAGCAGCAGCAGCAGCAGCAGCAGCAGCAGCAACAAAGAAGAGCAGCGAUGGAGGAAAAAGAAGCAGAACAGCUCGAGCAGGAGCACGUCCACGAGGUCUACGACCGAAUAGCCUCCCACUUCUCUCAAACUCGCUACAAGCCCUGGCCGAUCGUCGAGCGGUUCCUGCAAUCCCUGCCCGCAGGCUCGGUCGGUCUCGACAUUGGCUGCGGGAACGGCAAGUAUUUAUCGGUGGCCAAUCCGGGGAUCUACAUAUUCGCGACGGAUAGGUCUGCUGCGCUGGUGCGGAUCGCGGCGGCGGAGAGAAGGGCGCGGGGCGCGGACGUGGGGGUUGCGGAUGGGAUCGAGAUGCCUGUGCCGAGCGGGCGGUUUGAUUUCGCGAUUUCGAUUGCGGUCGUGCAUCAUUUUGCGACGCGCGCGAGACGGGUGGACGCUGUCCGGAGUGUUUUACGGGGGCUGCGGGAGGGGAAGGAGGAGCAAGGGGGAAAAGCGCUGAUUUAUGUGUGGGCGCUGGAGCAGGGGGGUAGUAGGCGCGGAUGGGACGAGGGGGAUAGUCAGGACGUGAUGGUGCCGUGGGUUACGCGGCGGAAGAAGAAGGAAGGAGAGGAGGAGGAGGAGAGGGUGGAGAAGAGGUAUUAUCAUCUGUACAGGAAGGGGGAGCUGGAGGAGGAUAUCGCGGCAGCCGGGGGGGUUGUGGUUGAGAACGGGUAUGAGCGGGACAACUGGUGGGCGGUCGCGAGGCGAUGAUGUAGAUAGAACAGCAUUCGGAGUCAUGUAAGUAUAACAGAUCAUAAGAAGAAGAACAGAACAGAACAAUGCAGAGGAUGGGAGCAUCUGAGCAGAUACAGGCUGUGGCGAAGCAGGUUGAUACCGACACGAGAUGGAAUGUUGGCGCAGCGAGGAGGUUGGUGCGUUGAUGCUGCAGCUGCACUUGUGCAGAGUAGUUGAAUAAUAGUAGAUGAAUCUGCAUGGAAAUAAGAGUAAUAACAAUGAGAUGAGAUACAAUAGAACAAUAGAACAAUAGAACAGAAGUAACAUAUAAAGACGUGGCUUACU